UCUUCAAGACUCCACGAUACAUAUCUAAUUUGCAAACAAAAAACAUCUCUUGAAAGCUCUUCAAGCCUUGACGCGCAAAGCAACUCUUAUAUCAAACCUACUAUCACCUGAUCGACAUCAAGUAAUCAUGUCCACCAACGAGACUUCUACCGGUCAGUCCUACCUGGACAAGGCCACAGGCGCUAUUCAGAGUGGUAUCGGCUCUCUGACUGGUAACACUGCCGACAAGACCCAAGGCGAAGCCCGCAAAGACGUCGCAGACUCCAAGCACGACCUCUCGCACACAGCCGCCAAAGCCGGUCCCUUCUCGGUCACCGCCGAAGGUGGCGUCGCAAAAGACUCGCCCGACCGCACCAGCGGUGCGUGGAACCAAAACAUGGGCGCCGCCAAAGAAGCGCUCGGCGGCUUCCUCGGCGCAGAAGGCCUCAAGCAAGAAGGUAUCCGCCAGAACAAAGAGGGCAAAGGCCAGGAAGCAGCCGGCCAGGUGAAUGAUCUCGGAAAGGGAAUUGGGGAUCGUGUUGGAGGCAAUAUUGGGGCUGCGGUCGCCGGGCUCACGGGGAAUGAGGCGCAGAAGGAGGAGGCGAGGCGGCAGCAUGAUGAGGGGAAGGCGAGGCAGCGGGGCGUGGAAGUCGAUCUCCAGAAGCAGGCUGAGACUGAGAAGGCGUGAGUGGUUUUUGAGAGAGGAGGGUGCGGUUAUGAGUUAUGAGAUUAUACCCGGAGAGAUAUUGAAUAUACCCUGAUUGAUUUCUGUUGUUUUGCGCGGCUUCUUGAGGCGUGGUGUGAGGUGGUGGUGGUGAUUUGGCGCUAUGCAAGGCUUUCUCGUGUGUAUGUACGUGUGUAAAGUCUGCAAAUCGGACGGAGCUUUUCGCAUUUCGGUCGCAUUGUAUUUGGCUAUAUGGUUGGAAAACAAGUACUAUGAUAUUUACCGAU